AUGCACGAGGGGCCGGUUGGCAGACAUUUCGGUGUUGAGCGCACUGUGGCCAGACUUCAAAGCCGAUUCUACUGGUAUCACAUGAGAGAAGACGUGGCCCUCUGGUGCCGUACAUGUACAGACUGUGCCUGUAGGGCCAGAUCCAAAAAGACACCCCGAGCUCCCAUGGGAACUGUCAGAGUUGGUGCCCCCAUGGAGCGCAUUGCACUAGGCAUUAUGGACCCACUCAAUGAAACCGAUCGCAAAAACCGCUACAUACUCGUGAUACAAGAAUAUUUCACAAAAUGGACUGAAGCAUUUCCAAUCCCUGACGAAAAGGCUGUCACAGUGGCCGAAGUUGUGGCAACUGAAUGGGUGUGUCGCUAUGGAAUGCCUCACUCUCUGCACAGCGAUCAAGGACGCAACUUUGAGUCAGAAGUGUUUCAGGAAAUGUGCCUUAUGUUUGGCAUUGAGAAAACCCACACUACACCCUUCAGACCGCAGUCAGACGGCCAAGUUGAACGUUUCAAUGCCACACUCCAGAAGAUCCUGGCCUCUACUGCGGAACGUUGCCACUGGGAAUGGGACUUAAUUAUCCCAUACGCAGUCAUGCCCUACAGCUCAACCAAGCACAGUUUGACAGGAUUCACACCAAACGUUAUGAUGUUUGGACGCGAGAUCAAUGAACCCGUGGAUCUUGUAGCUGGCUUGCCCCCUGACUCUGACCGUGCACUUUCAACCCCAGAGUAUGUACUGCAAAAGCGUGGGCGGCUGUAG